ACUGUCAUUGAUACUACCUAUGACUGAAGACAUUCAGCCAUGAAAACUUCUCUUGUUAUUUAUCAGCAACAAAACUCAGUAUUCAGCAAAAAGCCCUAGAAGUGAAAAGCUGCACAAACGAAACACAGACCAAACAAGUUCUGCGCAUAUUUAUUGACAAAAUGGCCCUGGAUAAAAUGGAAAAUUUGAGUCUGGAAGAGAAUAUGCUCCGAUCUGAAAUGGGUGAAGUGCAAGGUAUUCCUGUCACGAAACCAACAUGUGACAUAUGGGAUCAAGUGUGGAACUUCAAAGCCAGACCUGAUGAUCUGCUUGUAGCAACAUACGCAAAAGCAGGUACUACAUGGACACAGGAGAUAGUGGAUAUGAUUCAACAAAAUGGAGACAUUGAGAAGUGUAGACGUGCCAGUACUUACAAACGCCAUCCUUUCCUUGAGUGGUAUAUCCCAGAUUCUUCACCUCUCGGAUACUCAGGCCUGAAGUUAGCUGAAGCUAUGCCUUCCCCGCGAACAAUGAAAACUCAUCUCCCCGUGCAGCUGGUGCCUCCCUCCUUCUGGGAACAAAACUGCAAGAUCAUCUAUGUGGCAAGAAAUGCAAAAGACAACCUGGUGUCAUACUACCAUUUCCACAGAAUGAAUAAAGUAUUACCUGACCCAGGAACCAUCGAGGAGUUCACAGAGAAAUUCAUGAAUGGAGAAGUGCUCUGGGGUUCCUGGUAUGACCACGUAAAAGGAUGGUGGAAGGCAAAAGACAAGCACCGUAUUCUCUACCUCUUCUAUGAAGAUAUGAAGGAGAAUCCAAAGAGAGAAAUUCAGAAGAUUAUGAAGUUUCUGGAGAAGGACUUAGACGAGGAGGUUCUCAACAAGAUAAUAUAUAACACCUCAUUUGAGAUAAUGAAAGACAAUCCCAUGACAAACUACACUAAGGAUUUUGUGGGAGUAAUGGAUCACUCAGUUUCCCCAUUCAUGAGAAAAGGAUCUGUCGGGGACUGGAAGAAUUAUUUCACUGUGGCACUGAAUAAGAAGUUUGAUCAGGAUUAUAAGAAGAAAAUGGCUGAUACCUCUCUAGUUUUUCGCAUGGAAUUGUGAUUAUUAGCAAUGGAAGUUAUUCUUUACAAUCUAUCAGCAUUUUCCUUUUUCCACAUUUUGCUUUUCCUUCACAAAAUGCCUUUCAAAAUCUUUCUUUCACACACUACUGAUUUUUCAUUGCAAUGAGAUUGUUCAAACUACGUGGAAACGUAGAUUUGCCUCCCCAAAGAAAAUACUCCCUCCCUGAAUAUUUGCCGUUCAACCCUUCCACAGUAACUUUUAGCAUUAACUAAAUUAUUUCAGAUAUUUCGGGUUUUUGUCUUUGUUAAACCGCAGUUGAUAUCACUGGCAUUUUCAAAUCAGAAAUUAUGAAACCAACAGGAAAAAAAGGUGUUAAAAGAUUGCACAAGGUGUGGGCAUUAUUAUGUUAUUCCCACGUUGUAUAAAUAUUAACUAAUAAAUAAUAGCAAUAAUGAAUUUUAAAUGUUGGUCAAGAAUAAACAAAGUAAUAGAAGCGCA